UUGACGCGCGAAUUGUCCAAGUUUCUGCAGUGCUCAGAAAGAUUGUAAAUAAAUAAUUGUAGAUAGUUGAAUUUUAUAUAAUUUAUGCUUAAAUUGGUGAACAAUAUUCGUGUGUGGCAUAUAAAUCGACUCUGUGGCAGGAAAAUGAGCAGCAAACAGUUGAAAAAUGAUGACAACAAACUGGAUACGUUUCGAAGCAUUUGUGAUGAAAUUGCCGCCGAGUCGAGUUACCUGAAAAAGGUGGAGAAACUGGAGCACUUUUUCAGGAAGGGUUCAAGCGGCAAGGGCUUUGAGGGCGACACCUUACAGUGGGUGCAAUUUCUCAUUCCCGGUGCCACACAACGUGUCUACAAUUUGCAGAACAAGGCGUUAAUUAAGUUGUUUGCACGCAUUUUGCAACAGAAUCAACAGGAGAUGCAUCUGAACUUGGAACAGGAUGGCGACAUUUCUGAGACACUCCGCAAACACUUUGCCGCCUCGAGUAAACUGAAACCGCAGACAGAGAGCAAACUCUACUUGCAUGAAGUGGAGCAAUUUCUGGGAGAGCUGGAGAAACGCACCAAGGAGGAUGAGCAGACGGAGGUUCUGCGAGAUCUUUGUAGGCAGGCAACAGAUUUGGAUCUCCGCACGUUUAUCAGACUGAUUAAACAGGAUCUGCGGAUUAAUGCACGAGCCAGGCAUAUAUUGGAUGCAUUCGGACCUCAAGCCUAUCCCGCUUAUCAGUCUUCCCGUGAUCUGACCGCUAUUGUGAAUGCAUUUGCUGGCAAGGCAACAUCCUCUCCUGCAGUGAAGACAGCUGGCAAGAAGACGAAGCUGGCAUCUAGUGGAAUACAGGUGAUGACACCUGUCUCGCCCAUGUUGGCCAAUGCCUGCAAAUCCGUCGAGGAUGCGUUCAAGAAGAAUCCCGGUGGAUUGUACAGUGAAAUCAAAUAUGAUGGCGAGCGUGUGCAAAUACAUAAACAGGGUGCUGAAUUUAAGUUCUUCAGUCGGAAUCUGAAGCCUGUCAUGGAUCACAAAAUUAAGCAGCUCAAGGAAUUUAUACCACGUGCCUUUCCCGGUGCCGAUGACAUGAUACUGGAUUCUGAAAUCAUUCUCGUGGACACCGAAACGGGAGCAUUGCUGCCUUUUGGCACUCUGGGUGCCCACAAGAAGCAUACUUUCGCCAAUGCCUCAGUCUGUCUCUUUGUCUUUGAUUGCCUGCUCUACGAUGGCGAGGAUCUCACCCAGCUUUCUUUUUGCAAACGUCGUGAGAUUCUCGAGCAGAACAUUCAACCCAUCAAAUCGCAUGUGCAGUUGUCAGAGUCGCAGUUUCUGAAGACCAAACAGGAGUUGGCCAUGAUGACGGCCAAGGUGCUGCAGGCCAAUCUCGAAGGCGUUGUGCUGAAGAGUCCCACGGGAACCUAUCAGCCUGGUAAACGCAACUGGCUUAAGGUAAAGAAGGAUUACCUCUUUGGUGGCAAAAUGGCAGACACGGCUGAUUUGAUUGUGCUGGGUGCGUGGUAUGGAUCCGGAAAGAAAGGCGGCGUGCUCAGCAUAUUUCUCAUGGGCUGCUACGAUGCACGCGAUCAUCUCUGGAAGACGGUCACCAAGGUGCACUCUGGCCUAGACGAUGCCACCAAUGAUGAAAUACAUGAAUCCCUGAUGAAGCUAACUGAGCGUGCUGAUUCAAACAAGAUUCCCUCAUGGUUACUCUGUAAAAAGGCACUGAUACCCGAUGUGCUGGCCAAGUCACCGGAGCAGAUGCCCGUUUGGGAGAUCACAGGUGCUGAAUUCACACAGUCGGAGGCACAUACAGCCGGCGGAAUUUCCAUUCGCUUUCCACGCAUUACGCGACUGCGAAGCGACAAAACUGCAAUGGAGGCUAAUGAUCUGGAACAUCUGGAGCAGCUCUAUGCGGCCUCCAAGAAAAAUGUAAACGUGGACUUGUUGCUGGCCAACUGUGACCAGACCGAAAAUGAUAAUGAAUUGAAAACGCAGCUGGAAAAGACACCGCAAAAGGGAAAAGCAGCUAACGUGGCUCAAACGAGCAGUAGAAAGAAACAAAGGCUGUCCAAGAAUGAAUCUGACAAUGAGAUGGAUGAAUCCACAAGUUGCAGUGCACGGAAAAAGACGAAACUGGACACAUCACAAGGCAAACUGAAAGAUUUCUUUGCACCCAAAAUGACAACAAUGAAUAUAAAGGUUGAAAACUCAGCUGAGACAAGAAAAUCUCCAGAAAUCAAGAAAGAAAACAUUAAGAGCGAGAAAAGUCAAUUAUUCAGUGGACUUGUGGCACACUUUUCAGCUGAUGCAGCCGAGUCCAAGCAAAUGAAUGAGUUUGUGCAACAUGGUGGCACAUUGACAACGAAUCCACAAAAGGCAAAUUUGGCAUUUCAUUGCCUUGAACAGGACAUGGAUUUGCAGCAGCUGAGACCCCUCUACCGUCGCAGUUGUCGCCAUCUAAACGUUAAGUGGAUGCAGGCAUCGCUGGAAUCCAAGAUCCUACAGCCUUAUCCCCUCUAUGCACUGCAUUUGAAAUCGUAGCCAAUUUAAUUUGCUAUAGAUCUAAGUCACAUAUAUUUACUUUUUUCAAUUUUUUCUGCGUUGAAAAUUGAACAGGAAAUUAAUAUGUAAAAAGCAGAAAAGUUACAAGUUCCUUGAAGGGAACAAA